UCACCUCUACCAUCCUUUUUAGUUUUCUAUGAAAUGUAAGGGGAAAAAAUGGAGAAAGAAAGAAAGAAAGAAAGAAAAAAGAAAGAAAGACUCAACAACUCAAUAUCUUGUUUUGGUUGUUCUCACCAUUAUUAAAGCUGACCUUGAUAAGAAGAUUUGAGGAACUUUAAGUCCUCUAUUUUUUUAAGAUGUUCAACGUUUUUUUCUACAGAAAAAUAAACCCCAAAUUCAAGUGAAAUGCCAUAGGUGGAGCUGAGCCCUUUGGGGGAUGUGGUUUUGUUCAGGAAAUAUGUGAUCUCUAUUGAAGCCCUGCAGCUCUCUAGCAUAGCAUAUCAUACCGAAAGGGGAUCAAGUGCUGUGUGGGACUCGCCUUUUUUUUUCUUCUGAUAAAAAUAUAUACCACUCUUUGAAAAGAAGACAGAUUUUUCUUUUGUGGUUUCACAAGCAACAUCAUUUUCACACACAAACCAAGAUAAUUACUCAGCACCAGCAAAGUCUCUGGCUGUGGAAAUUAGAUUAGUUAGUGUGAGACACAUAACACAAAGAUGAACAGUGUGGCAGAUUGGCUCGUGCAGAACAGGGACAAGAUCGAGAAAGGUGUGGAGAUCAUGGGGCAAGCCUCUGAGGUGCUCGCUGCCACUGUGGGCCAGCUUCACCCUAUCUUGGAGGCUGUGUUUGUUGCUUCUGCUGAGUUACUCAGUAACCCGGAGGGCAAAGAGGCCCGCUACAUGACUCAGCAAUUCGAACUGGUCAACAAGCAACUUGAGGGAAUCCAAGAUGAGAUAGAUAAAAUUGCCCUGGAGCUGCAGAGGACAUCACUGAACAAGCAGAACUUUGAUCGGGAGGCACAGAUGCUCAGUCAGUACGAAAAGUUCCAGGAGUUUGUCAAUGCCAAGCCAAAGUUCAGAGAGAAGAAGAUGGAGAAGUUCCUCAACCAUUAUGAGAACACAGAUGGGGACUUGAACUUGGAUGCCCUCUACAAUGCUGUGACUGGGGCUAACACCUCAGGAGACCCUAUGAUGGAAACAGUAGUUGCCACGGAGCAGAGAAGCCGCAGGGCAGUUGAGGAUUUCUGUGCCCGGCUGAAGAAGCUCUUUGUGGUGGGAAUUAUUGCCGUUAUGGGCCAUGCUGCCCUCAAGGAAGGGGUGGUGGGAGAGGAGAUGGUGAAGAAGUGGCAGGAACGGAUGGAGGAUGUGGAGAAACGAAUGAAAGCUGCUGUGGAUGACUGCACAGAGAACUUUGCAGAUCAAGCCAAGAUGGACAUGGAGCACUUUCUUCAGGAGAAUCCCGGCACUGUCAACCACGAAUUCAUCAAACCUCUUCUGGAUUCACUUGCUAAGAAAUAUGACUGGGUGAACUGGUCCAUCAGGGCCUUCGGCGACAGGGAGCGCAUUUUCUUUUUCAACUGGCUGGCAGGAAAGAAGUAUCACGGAAGCGGAGGAGCCAACUGGUUUGACAUUUUAACCAGAAACAAGAUCAAAGUGGUGGUCUCUUUCUGUGUUAACCCCAAGCCCAUUAACAAGAGUCAGAUCCAGGAGCAGAUUGAAGGCAUGAAGCUGAAGGGGAACAUGAUGGGAGUGGCUCUGUCUUUGAACAAAAGCUUCCCCAACUGCCUGGUCCAUGCUGUCAGCCAUUACAAGGAGGUGGUGGAGACCAACAACUUCCAUGAGGAUUGUUACUACUAUGGAAAACACAAAAGAGCUUACCUGUGUAUCCACCCUGAAUAGACUCACAGAAGAGUAUAAAUUGUAGCUGCAAUCAGGAAGAAGUGAGCUACAGAUCAAUUCAUGAAUGUCUUUACCAGAGAACUGCAAAUAUUUCCAUUAAAUAUAGAAAUGUAUUCAGAAAUAUUGUCUGUGUUAAUGCAUAAUCUGCUAUGUUUUUAUGUGAUUCGUUGUCACUCUUGUAAUGAUUUUUAUUAUAUCUUUCUUCUGUUGAUGAUACAGCAUGUUCAGGGCGCUACAGAAAUUUCAGAGCCAAACAUCUCCACGCCAGCAUUGACUUAUGAUUCUGUUCCUAUUGGACUCUUCUAGGGAUGGGUGAUAUGACAGUAUUAGUCUAUUAGUUUAUUGCCGUAUGUUUAUACUUAGGUACUCCUUUAUUGCGUUAUUAGAUUUUUAGGUGAUUUUAUUUUAUUUUAUUUUAUUUUAUUUUUUUGCAUUAAUCUGGUGAUUUAUCAAUUGAAUCAUUAUUAGCCUUUGAAAGCUAUAAAGCAAAAAAAAAAAAAGCAGAAUGGAAAUUGUUUUGUCAGUUGCCAAACUGUCAAGCUCAACA